UUACACAUUCUGUUUUCAGUUAACACCCUUCACCAACUUCACGUGCAAGUAAUGCAUCAAAGACAUGUCGGCUCAUGCAUUUCUGUUCUUGCUCAGACGAGCAUAUGAUGUGUGCAAAGUUUCGGUUUAUGUGGCUUGGUUCAGUAAAGGAAGACUGUUAAAAGUCUGCUUCAUAUGACAAAAGACAGUCACAUCACUCUUCUUUGGACCUGCCACCAAUCCCUUUGGAGAGAUGGGGGCCUGGAUAUUGUUGUGCAAUUCAGAUCUGAGUCUGUCCCUCUUUUCUUUUUGUCCAGGUGAACUGUCCCCCACUGUAGUUUCCCGUCCGAGCCAAGGACAUGGAGGAGUGCGAGUCCGCCCCUGCCAGUUUCAAGAGGAGGGCCUGGGCUCAGAGCCGAGACUCCUGGCAGGCUCCUGAGUCUCAGGACCAGGGAGCAGAGGAGCCGCUGUCUGCACAGCCUAUGGAGAAUAAGACUUCGACAGCCUCAGAAACAGGGCCUAAUCCAAAUCAAGUAGAGAACUGGCUUAGGACCUGCAGGACUCCUCUCGGGGCCUCUUUGGAUGAACAGAGCGCCAGUCCGUCCAGAGGGCCAUUAAAGAAUGGCUGUAGCUUUGAAGAUGACCUGUCCCUGGGAGCUGAGGCCAAUCACCUCCAGAACAGCAGCACAAAAACAGAGGCCAAUGGCUAUGAAAUGCCAGCCAAGGCCAAAAGGAGCCAGUUCAAACAGAAGGGCAGAAGUAUGAACUCCACAGGCUCUGCAAAGAGCAGCACCACAGUGUCCAGUGUUUCGGAACUGCUGGACCUGUAUGAGGAGGAUCCAGAGGAGAUUUUAUACAACCUCGGCUUUGGACGGGAGGAGCCCGACAUCGCCUCAAAAAUCCCUUCUCGUUUCUUCAACUCGUCUUCUGGCGCCAAGGGCAUCGACAUCAAAGUUUACCUGGGAGCCCAGAUUCAGCGCAUGGAGCUGGAGAACCCGAACUAUGCCCUAACAAGUCGAUUCCGUCAAACAGAAGUACUGGCUACGGUGGCAAACGUUUUCACAGAAAUCUACUCCCACGUGUCCGGAAGACCCAUGGAGAAAAUCGGCAACGGCGAAAUAGAGGUUAAAACACCUCCAUUAAAAAGGAAUAAUUCGGCUCUGAAUGUGGCCAAAAUUCUAAAACGGAACAUUACGAGACAGAACCUGAUGGCCUCCGGCACGGAAGCAUCGGCCAAACAGCCUUCAGCGCCUGAUGCUGACAGCGCAGAGAGCGUGAACUCUGACAUACGGGACGGGCUGACGGAUACCGAGCACAAGCCACAGCAGAAAGUCUUUAGGAAAAAAGAUUCAUCUCUGGAAACAGUGACCGAGGAAGCACAGCAAUGUAUCUCAGAGGCCUCACUCAACGGAGAAAUCCCAGAACCUCUAGCCAAGGACUCUACGUUGACGAAUGGUGAUCACUCCAGUCCGUCACCAGCUCUGGACAAAGACACGCCACUUUCCCCGGUCCUGGUGAGCAUCAGUCGCGUUUCUGACGAGAGGGAUCUCACGACAGAGUCAAGACUCAAAGAGUACGAGUACCAGAACACCAUCACUUCCACCCCAGAUAAAGAACCAUCCAACCUGCUGCCCAACCCACACAUAGCCCACCUGCUCAGCCAGCCCAGAGACUCCUUUGAAAUGGAGGAGUUGCAGAGUAAUGAGGAUGAAGCUCUUCCUGGUCCUGGUGGCAUGUCUCGAGAUGGCAGCGAGCGGUUAUUGAGGACUGCCAGCCAGCAGUCUGACAGCAGCGGGUUUGCAGAGGACCCAUCCACAGACGGUUCGGGUUAUCACCUGAAGGUACAAGAAAGCUCAGACAGCUGUGACAGUGAAACUACAGUGACAUCGCAUGCAGGUGAAGUCAGCACUCCAGUAGCGUUGGAGUACCCCAACUUUAAAAUGUUGCUGGGCGAGGAACCCCAUCCUCUGCCCAGAGGCACAUCUAGCCAGAGUGGAGUCAACAGACAAGUCCCUGAGAUCCCCAGCCUCCAGAUUCCCAAUCCAAACUCUGACAAUAUUAGCACCAAUGGACCACUCCUGUCUCCUGACUCCAACAUAGUGCAAGAACCCACCACAGACUCUCCAGAAGUGGAUUUGACCGUGAUUGUAAAUCCUACAACAGAUUCAGAUGUAACUCAUGAGGGCAACACAUCCCAGCCUGGUUUUGGCAUGGAUCCAGACUCUCCUGAAGAUCUACAUUCAUCCUUCGGACCAGAGUCAUCGGAUCUUGAGCAUUGCCACCCCACGGCUCAAAGGAGGCAGAUGGCCCUCCACACGGCCCAUCAAAGGUCAUCCUCAAUGGACGAGGAACGUCCUGGCCGAGUAUGGGUGAGGGACAAGGACUUGCUGAGGGAAAGCUUGGAGAGGAAUCCUUUAAGGAGAUCCAGCUCCCUCCCAAUGUCUUCACUCAACCCGACUCGAGUGGUCACCUCCAUGCGCAUCCAACUUGGAAAGGGUUCGGUCAAGCACUGUACCCCACCCUCGUACACAUACCGCUACGAUGAGGAGAAUCGCAGUGACUGGGAAGAAGUGGAUUCCAUCAUGGAAGAAGACGAAGUUGAUCAUGCCGACAGACAAUCUACACUCUUGAAUUCUGUUCCAGCAAGUAGAUCAAUGACUGAUAGGGGAACACAACCACCACCAAACCAUCUAAACAUACCCCAACAUCUGACUCGCUCUUCCAGCUCGCUUUAUAGUGUCCCUGCCGACUGGCCCCAGAGGCCCCUGGGUGAAGGUCCAAGCUGGAGCACAUGUAGCGUCCCAAACCUUUCUCAUUAUACAGGUCCGGCCCACCCUCUUCCUCAUCCUCCUCCUCCUCAUGGAUCCUUCUACUCUCCACAACAUGGAUUGGCCUACAACUUCUCGUACCCUACAAGAAUUCCCCACCACACUCCCUUCCCACAACCGCAGAGCUCGCCUUAUCCUCAGCCACUUCAGAACCAUACAUUUACUCCACCACAGGGGGUGACCGUUGCACCCCAGCACAAUAUGCAUUAUGCGCAUCCGCACAGCACACCAUACAACCCAUUCUCUUCACCUUAUAACGUUUCUCAGGGAGCUCCCUAUGGCCCCUCAUUGAACAUCCACGGCAGCCCGUACGAAACUCACAUCCCUCUUGCGCAGUCCCACAGUGCCCCCUACAAUUUGGGGUACAACAAUUCUUCACAUCACCCCGGUGCGCCCUACAGUCAUCCAUAUUAUCCGUCUCCCCCCUACCCUUUCUCCUUUGGGACUCCUCCAGCACCCGCUCCUGCGAUGGGCAGCACAGAGAUGCAGCUUAUGAGGGUCCUCCAUGACAUUCGUGGGACAAUGCAGAACCUUGGUCAGAGCUCAUCGGUGCAUGGAGGGGACACACCCAUUGACAGGAUCAGUACACCACGCUCUGUCCAACUGCUUUAUGAGGAGCUCCAGAUGCGGCGCAGGAGUCUGAACGUCUUCCGGACUCAGAUGAUGGAUCUGGAACUGGCUCUCAUGAGACAGCAGUCUAUGGUCUACCAGCAUCUUAGUCCAGAUGAGAGGCGGGAGGCGGAACAUCUGGAAACCCUGCGGACUGCAGUCAGACAGGAGCUGCAGGAUCUGGAGCUUCAGCUGGAGGAUCGCCUGCUCUCUCUGAACGAAGAGAUGCGCAGCAGCUCCCAGCACAGCAGCCUCUACCGCCACCACAUGGGAAUGCAGAGAGGUCAUAGCAUGGAAAGCCUGUCUAAUUCUUCAGCACUGCGGGCCAUGGAGCCGGUGACGGACCUCCUGAAGGAGCAGUUGUACCUUCAAUCUGAGCUGGGAUAUGAGGCUCCCACACUCAGUUCAGGCCGCUCAUCGAGAGCAUCCAGCCCUGGCAGAUUCAACCGAACACACGACUGUUGCUCGCCUUCCCUGCAAAGAGGCAGCGUUUACCGGGCCACCCUCAACCUCACACCCACCAUCCCUCCACGGCCUGGAAUGGAGGUUCCUCGGCCCGAAUCCCCGGAAAGGAUGGAGCCGAACCUGACACCUACUUCUUUGGAGUUCAGCAGAGAUGAAGACGAGUCGUCACUGGAUGGUCGCAGGAGCAGGACGGCUGAGGACUGCUGUCCCACCGAGUGGAGGAGUAGAAGUAGAGGGAAUGGUGACCUGCAACAUCUUAUACAAGAGAUUAAAGAUAGCAUCGCUCAUGAAAUCAGGCAGGAGAUUGUGAACGAGCUUCUGGCCGCUGUGUCGCCACAUAGAUCUCCUCUUCCAGCCAGGAAGCCUCCUGUGUAAGCAGCAGAACAGAGGAUGGAGGU